GGUCUGAGGGAGCUAUGAAUUUUGAAUUCGAAAGGGAGAUCGGUUUUAUCAACAGCCAGCCGUCCCUCGCAGAGUGCCUGACGUCCUUCCCUGCCGUCCUGGAGUCAUUUCAAACUUCAUCAAUCAAGGAGUCGACAGUAAUUCCGCCUCCCUUCGAGCACACCAUCCCCAGCCUCAGUCCCUGCACGGCCAGCCAGCCGAGACCAGCUUCACGGAGCCAGCACGACCGGAGAACCUCCGCCGCCGAUGGCCUCCGGACGCAUCAUCGACUCGGCCAGCAGCCCUGCCCGCCAGAGCAGGCCCCUGCCGCGGCGGGUCCGCUGGGGCAUGAGUUCCCCUGGAUGAAGGAGAAGAAGUCAUCCAAAAAAUGUGCUAAAGCUGUGAGCGGCCCCGGCGGUGCUGGACCCGCCGUCCCGUCCGCAUCAUCUUCGCCUUCACCCACCGCCUCCGGGUACGCUUCGGCGGGUAUCGAGUCCCCCACAGAUGUCAACCAGGCCGGUUUGGAGGUCGGGGGGGCCGGGUCGCGUCGUCUGCGCACCGCCUACACCAACACGCAGCUGCUGGAGCUGGAGAAGGAGUUCCACUUCAACAAAUAUCUAUGCCGGCCGAGACGAGUGGAGAUCGCAGCCCUUUUGGAUCUGACGGAGCGGCAGGUGAAGGUUUGGUUCCAGAACCGACGGAUGAAGCACAAGCGGCAGACCGUCCACCACCGGGACGGAGGAGGCCACGAAUCCGGCGAGUCGAGCUGCUUUGAGCCGCUGGAAGGCGCCGAUGCUUCGUCGCCGUACUCCAGCCAGCCGCUGGAAGCAUCCGGCACAGGGGACGCAUCGGACGGCGAGGCGGGUACCGGCAAUCCAUCUUCCGCCCACUCUCGUGACAGCGCGGACAAUGCGCAUCCCACGCUGGAGGGGGGAGGCUUAUCGAGCCGCCCCGACCUGACACCGCUAUCCUCGGCAUCUGGCUGCUCGGACUCCGCUGCCGAGCAGGCCUUCGCCGCCCGAAGCUGCGGCGAUAGCGAGCAGACGUCCGAUGCCUCCAUCGCGGCCUCCGGCAAGAUCUCAGACCUGACCUUCUUCGCCGAGGACGCCUGCUUGUCGCCCGGCCUGCAGAACUCCCUGGACAGCCCGGUGAAUUUCUCCGAGGAGGACUUCGACUUGUUCACCAGCACACUGUGCACCAUCGACCUCCAGCACCUCAACUUCUGACACUUGGACGACGAGCGAAAAAAAGACUUCCAUCGUUAUGUUUGACACAGGAGGUGACCUUAAGGUUAGGAGUCUUUUUCAAAAUAUCACAUGGAUUUUCAUUUUAUUUGACCAUAAACACGUGGAUUUUUUUUGUGCUCUCAUUCCAGGUAUUUAUUCUUUUUUUUCUACGUCAAAGACACUGAACAAUUAUUAGAUACUAGAUCGUUUUUUGUAAAUGUAGAUGUAUUUAUUAUUAUUAUUAUUAUUAUUAUUAUUUGCUCCACACUUCUCAGGAACUGCGUGGUACCGCAGGACUGCUUAAUCGAA